AUGUCGACCUGGUGGUCGUCCUUCGUGUGUGGAAAUAGCAUAGUUGUCCUGCGACCAAUCCUUUUGUCACCAGACGACUCGACGUCUUUGGUGUCUGAGGUUUCGUCAGUGAAGACGUCCUUCCGAGUCGAGUCGUCGUCGUGGGCUAUGAGGGUAGUAUCAGAUGUGAUAGAGAUCCGGUUACAUUUGGAGACUGGGGUAGACAAAUCGAGUGUAGUGUUGGGUGUGGUCGAAAGGCUUGUACAAUCGGAGGUGAAAUUCGACAAAUCGAGUGGGAUAGUGAUGCUGGGUGUUGAUUCGGGUACAAGUGACGAUGAAAAUGAAAAUGAAAAUGAAAAUGAAAAUGAAGAUGAAAAAGAUGGUGAAGAUUUGCACUCUGGGCCAUCCGGUGCUGUCGGAACGGUAUCUGUGAGGUUCUCACCGGUUGAUGGCGCACCGAUCUCGCCGCCGAGUAUUUUUGAAGCGGUUCUGUGCGGCGAUGACGAAAACGACGGUAGUCGCGUCGUGCAGGCCGAUGCGACAAUUAGGCUGGUGGAACCUGGCCUUGGACCAGAUUGAAUGGGACGGCCGACAGUUUGGUUGAAGAAAACCACAGAUAAAACGCCCGUGAAGGCUAGGCGUGAAGCGAUAUGGCAAGAGGAGGAAAUCAUAAU